UGGCAAGACUGCUGAUCAGUGAUGUUCCAAUAGCACUGAUCCACACCACGAUGCUUGCCGGGGGCGUUUGUUCUGUCUACCAGACCCUUAUGGAUGCUCCUGUGCUGCAGGUUACCAGGGAUUAGACUGUAUGCAAGAGUGUCGCGAAGGGACGUUUGGUGCAAAUUGCAAGCAGACUUGUCACUGUGCAUCAGGAGGGACGUGCAGUAAAGAUACAGGAGAAUGCACCAAUGGUUGUGAGCCUCCACAUUUUGGAACUAAUUGCCAGUGCUCAACUGAAACUGGCGUUCUUGGUCUUGACGUGACAUCAGGUGACCCACAUCAGUUGUUCAUCACUUUUCAACCAGAUGCCUGUGCCUCAGAUUACGAACUGAGACAUCAGUGUGAAGACAUUGCAUCCGUGCAUCGCGUACCACAAACCUUCAAUUAUUUCUUAACUGGUAUCGAGUCUCCAUCAAACUACAUUGUUCAAGUCCGACCGAUAUAUAUUGGAGGUGUGAGAGGACCUGAGGUUUCCCAUCUGCAACCAAGCAUACCGAAAGAGCCUCCAACUCGAGUGAAUUUAACUUUAGCAACACCGUACAGCCUGAGUUUCUCCUGGAGUAAACCACCUUGUGGAAGCCGAGGUGGCAUCAUCACAGGCUACACAUAUAAACUGACUGAGAUAAGCCCGGAAUCCCAAGUAGUCAUUCAAUCAGUGACAUCAGAGGAAUCGGUGACAAUCGAAGGUUUAACGCCGCUGACUGAAUACAGUUUUCAGGUUGCUGCCAAUACCAUUGCGGGAGCUGGACCGUUCAGUCGGGUUGCAAUGGAGGCAACUGUUGAUGCCGGCUUAUCGUUGGCGGUCGUCGUCGGAGUACCAGCUACCAUUGUGAUCCUGAUUCUGCUAAUAAUAGUUACCCUGGCGGUCUAUAAAAGAAGGAGACGUCGACAAAACAGGUCUCCUUGGAAUUGAUGGCGAUACUUCAAGCCAUCAAGCCAACAACACUGCAGAGCCAGAAUGCACGUUGGAGCCUGCCGUGUACGAGAACGCCAUUGUAGAAUGCACGUUGGAGCCUGCCGUGUACGACAGCGCAUCCGUCG